AUGACUUCCAGGGUGGCAAAAAUGGUAGAAUUGGCAUUAAUGCAAAGGAAAACUGAUUCUACUAUAACUGAUCACCAAAAGGAAAUGUCCACAAGUACGUCUGAGGUUAUUCUAUCUACGGAAAGUAUAUCAAGUAAUGUAAAACAUGCUCCUGAAGGAGACUCUAGGACGGGUUGGAAGCCAGCAUUUCCUGUAAACGUUACAGUAGACGAACUUUAUCUCUAUAGGAAAAAGAAACAUAAUUUUGAUUGGUUAAAAGAUAAUAUUCAAAUAGAAGAAGGAUCAUUUAAAAAUUUAAAAUCCGAAUACCGAAGAAGAUUUAAAAACUUUUACGAAAUUCUAAAAUCGCUUAAUGAAAAUGAGAAAGACCUUUUGGAUGUCGAACCGACUAAACAAGAAGUUUUGUUAAAUUUAGCUGGAGCAGUGGAACGGAAAUCAGAAUAUAAUGAAUCUUUUAAUAGAAAUCUUUUACAAAGGCCAAGCGAUACUUAUGGAAUAAUGAAUGAGGUUUCCGACAAUCAAACUUCCAACAGGUAUUAUAUAGAGAAAGAGUUUUAG